AUCACUAAUGCUCAUGUGAUAUUUGCAAGCUUACAACAAAUGUGAUUAUAUAUGAAAGUAGAAAAAAAAAAACUUUAAAAUUGGGAUACUUUAUUUUAUUUUUACUUAUUUUGUCGUAACAAACACAAUAUUUAACUAUAUACGCAAUUGCUGAUUGUAUUUAUAUAGGUAAAUGACAUUAGCUUGAGUUGGAUUGCAACAACUGUGUGUGGUUUGAACCAUGUAUGCAAAUUGAUUUUGCGAUUGCAUGGAUGUGGAUGCUCUAAUAUCGGUAGUUCAAUUCACUUCUAUGUUAAUGACUCAACAAUUAGUGAUGACAUGGUUGCCACACGUACGCACAAGUCCAAGAAUAUAUUAAGUCUCCGAAGUAUGAAAUAGAUGUCGGGGUCCCUAAGCCCCUCGUCAGCCCAAUGUAGGGAAACCUCAAUCCUAGGCCCUUCGCUCGAUGGAGGAUAGUCUUCCUCGGGUAAUUCACAGAGACGAUUAGCCACGAAAAGUGCUCAUAAUCGCGAUUGACUAUCUUACCAACUUGCAAGGCAGAGAGGGUCUCUUCGGAAAAAUAACUCAGGAAUUGGAGAAGUUCCUAUACAACAACAUCAUUCCUUAGUUUAGUCUCCCGAACACGAUUGUGGUCGACCAAGGCACCCGAUUCACAAGUAGGACCUCCUAACAUGCUAUGCCAAAAAUAUGGUAUCCUCUUCGAUAUGUGUUAGUUUCCUAACCCCAACCCAAUGGACUAGUGGCGUGUGUCAACAAAAACGCCAUGUGAGAUUACCUACGGGAACACCAACGGCUCUCGCUUAAAUUCGAAGUUGGGAUCUACACCUUCAAAGCUUUCAUUGUCGCGACAUUUUUACCGUUAGACUAUCUUAUUUUGGUAGGCUGGCAGAGAAAAUUAGAGAGAGAGGACGAAGGAAAAAAAUAGUUUUGUAUUAACCUUUUAAAUUUUAAUACAGUAAAUUAAAUAAGAUACUGUAAAAAAUGGAUUUAUUAGUGGGCCUCAUCUUGGCCCAGGAAUCACUUCAACUCCAGAGAAUCCACCCACGAAGUUGGACUGAUGGUCCAUGGUGCAAACGGAAGACUUAAAUAAAAAGGCAGGCCGUUUAAAGUUUAGAUGACCACCGUUUUUGUCUCGGCCGGACAGAUUCCGAUCAGGUGGUCGACGGGCAAUGGCGAAGAGGAGAAAUCUCCGAGUAGCUCCGAGCACUGGCCGCCGUCAAACCCGCGCCGAGAAUCCUACUCAGGAGAACAAGUUCGAUGAAGUACACGCUUCUGAUCGAAGGCUUCUCCUCAUUUUCUUUGCCUUCUUCGUAGUGAUUCCCGCCGUCUCUGUCUGCUUGUAUCGAUUCAAAUUCGCUCCGGAAGCGGACCGCUCGGACCCAAUUGAGCACCGUCAGAAGCAAGGAGGUCGUUUCAAAGUGGAUAUGAACUACCAGGAAAUCCUGGAAGAGAAUUCAGAGGUUUCGCUGAAUGCAUCUCGACGCAAUUAUGCGUAUCCUGUGUUGGCUUACGUUACACCAUGGAAUUCCAAAGGCUAUGACGUAGCAAAGAAGUAUACCAAGAAAUUUACGCACAUAUCGCCUGUGUGGUAUGAUCUGAAGAGCCAAGGUUCUGGAUUGGUACUGGAUGGUCGGCAUAAUGCCGACACAGGAUGGAUGUCGGAGCUACGCCAGAAUGGAGAUGCCUUGGUAAUACCUAGAAUUGUACUGGAAGCAGUUCCUCAAGAGCUGCUGAAAAGCAAGAAACUACGGAGCAAAGCCAUUGACAUUAUAGUAACAGAGUGCAUGGAAAUGGAAUUUGACGGAAUUGUGCUCGAGUCAUGGUCAAGAUGGGCAGCUUAUGGCAUUUUACAUGACCCUGAUAUGAGAAAUAAGGCACUGCAGUUUGUGAAGCAACUUGGUGACACGCUUCAUUCUGCGAGCUCAGCAGGGAACAAUAACCGACCGUUGCAGCUAGUCUAUGUGAUAGGUCCACCAGUUUCAGAGAAACCUCAAAUGCACGACUUUGGCCCACAGGAUCUUCAGAGACUGAGUGGUGCUGUGGAUGGGUUUUCGUUGAUGACCUAUGACUUCUCAAGUCCCCAAAACCCAGGACCAAAUGCUCCUUUAAAAUGGAUAAAGUUCGCGUUGCAGCAUCUCCUUGGCCCUCCUGAGAAUGCUCAAAACCUGGCACCAAAGAUAUUUCUCGGCCUCAACUUCUACGGAAAUGAUUUCUCCAUUUCAGGAGGUUCCGCUGGUGGGGCUAUAAUUGGACGGGACUACCUAGCAUUGUUGGAGAUGCACAAGCCUAAAUUGCAGUGGGAAGAUAACAGUGCUGAACAUUUUUUCCUGUACGUGGAUGAUGACGGGAAGAGGCGUGCUGUCUUCUAUCCAACUCUGUCCUCAAUCUCAGUAAGGCUGGAAGAAGCCCUAGCUUGGGGGACUGGUGUCUCAAUCUGGGAAAUUGGACAAGGUUUGGAUCGUUUCUAUGAUCUUUUGUAGGAAGCAGUUUUCUUCCAGAACUGAAGAAAGACAAAGUUGAAAGUCCUUUCUCAUCAAUUUUGUGAUCUCUGUCAUUCAAUAUUUCAUAAAAUUCAUCUUUGUCAUCCUAAGAAAUGGUCAACUGGUUCUUCAAUCAAUGUUAUCGAGAGUUUUCUUGUCCCUUAACGUUAAUAGAGGUGUAUAGGAUUUGACGGUUUAGAUUAUAAUUUUUUUUUAAUUUUCAUAUUCUUUUAAUCGAUUUAUAUCUCUUCCGUUUGAACUUGAAUAUAGAAAAUUUUCGACAAAAGAAAUGAGUUUAUAGUGGUGUACAAAAUAAUAAUUUUUUAUAUAUCUGGGGAAUUUUUUUUAUGGAUCACUCCAUUUGUUUUAAAUGGAAUUAACAAAAUUUAUGCAGAUAAGGAACGAUUUCAUUGUGGUAUACAAAAUUGUGUUAAUUAUGUAUAUAUUUUGGGAAAAAAAUUGCGGGAUCAAUUAUACCACCAUAUACCAUAUGGUAGUUGGCUGUUGGUUCAAGGUUUGAACGGAAGGUGUGCUGGUCGCUUAGUAUAUUUCUAUUUUAAUCCAUAUCAUAAGAUUUUAGAAUUUAAAUUGAGACUACUUUGUGCCCAACAAAGAUGCUAACAUUCCAGUAAAACAUACUUGUACCAUUGGAGAUUUCUAUCUCAGAUUUAUAAAACCUUCUAUAAACAUGAAAUAAUCGUUUAGUAUUCCCACUUAUCCAAACAUAAAAGGCAACACAAUAGAAGACGAAGUUACAAGGACCUCACCAAGAUUUUUAGAGAAUAUGGGAAAAAUUCACCAAGCACUCGACAAGGGGUGAGGACGACAUUUAUGUAAAAGAUAUGCAUAUAAACACUCGACACUAACGUCUCUCUACAACGAAGCUAGCUCCAUAAAAUUUUCAAUUCGUCAAGUCUAAACAAAGUGUGUCUCCUCUAACUUGUCUGGAGGUUUUUUGAUUGGAUUGUAAUUUGGCAUGCAUUUAAUAGUUACUAGCAUGCAUUCAAACAAUAAUGGUAUGCAUUUGUUUGAAUUUGGUAUAUGCUUACAAAAAAUUACCGAAACCGAUAAAAAAAAUAUUAUUUAAGCAUAUACAUGAAAUUUGGAAAUGGAUAUAAGUUACAAUAUAGCAAUACAAACGGGUAACCAACAAAUUCAUAACAGAAAUAAUGCGUUGUGCACCAAUUACUAUUCAAUGCAUUACUAAUAACUAGCGAAUGCAUACCAAUAUUACUUGAAUGUACAAAACUGAAUACCAAAUAAUUAGUAUCAUAACAGAGAUAUAUCAUCACCCAAUUUACCAUCCUUAAUAAACUAGCUUACACCCGACCCGUUGGUCGGAUGAUUUCAUCUUAUUUUUCAUUACUUCAUAAUAAUCGAAAGUGAUCUUUGCACUACUUGAUAAUUGUGACAUUGAUAACAAUUAGUUCAUAUGUAUUUUUGUUAAUCAGAUUAUCCUAACUCACUACGGCCUAUACAUGUUUCAUAUUAAAAGAAUUUGCCCUAUUUAUUGUAUCAUAAAUUGCUUAAAAUUAUUUCUUUAUAUUGGUAUUAUUAACUUGGUUUACUAUUAGAUACAAACAAAACUAAAACAAUUAUGCAUUAAAUUAAAAUAGUAAUUAGAAUUUCUUCAAGGGAUUAACUUAUUGCUACAAAAGCAUAAAAUUGAUCAUCUUAAGAUUUCCAAUCGUGCUCCAUCAGACACAAAUCAAAAACCUUUCACGAACAUAAUAGGAGGGAAGCAUAUAGCUAAAAUAAAGAAGCGAAAUGGCAGACCGAUAGAAACAAAUAUCAAAAGCUGGCUGGUUGAUGGCUGAGAAUUACCUUGACAGAGAGAAGCUGCUAGUGGAGUUUUCGCUGAAACGCUUUCGUGGGUCUGUGUGAUUUAAACUGCCUUUUAUACGCAUAACGCAGAAGGUGAUUUCGUUUGCUGGCGUGAAUCGAGCUUGGUUUAGUGACUCGACUAAAGGUGUUGCAAUAUAAUAUCAUGGUUCGC